CUCACGUCCGGAUCUUCUACCUGACGCCUAGCUGGCUGCUGUGGGAGAAGCAGAGCCCAGGUUUCGGGCACACUGGGUGCCAGUAGGUGGGGGGUGCAUCAUCUCUCUAUAUGCUCUGCUGUGUAUCCUGGGACAGGAAAUCCACGUCUCAGUUGUGGCUGGUUAUCGCCACUCUUGGUGGUCACAUGACCACCUCACAGGAGUGCAGUCAGUAUUGUAAUUUGAAAGUCAUGCUAAGUUGAGACAGUCCUUCAUCUGCUGCAGCUUUUGCACAGCUUGGAGUUGCAGUGGUGGUGAGUGUGUAUCUGAUCGCCCUGAAGGUGUAGUGCAGAGUUGUCAGAGUUAGAAAGUACAGGGAGGGGUUGAAUAAUUGGUUCUAUUUACUGGUUUACACCCCAUCAACUCCAGCACUGCUGCUACAGCCUGGUAGCCGGGCACUGUAUGCCACGCGUGACCAGUGCAGCCAGUCACUGGCCUCAGCGGUCAUGUGGGGUGUACGAGUGCAUCAUGGUGGCACUGGAGCGGAGGUGCUUUGAACUGGCUUCUGAAAGAACUCCCCAUUUGCCAUUAGUCGUCAAGAUGGAGGACCACCCAAAAUCUGGAGAUGAAUCCUGCAGGUCGAAUACACCAGAGACCUCUCCAACGUCGCCUAGCCCUCAGUCUUCAACCAUUAAAGAAGAGGACUCCUGCAGUGAUGAGCAGGCAGCAUGUCGGGGUGACGUGUCAACACAGACGGAGCUCAUCUUAAUUAAGAAGCAAGUGAAGGAGGAGGAACUUGACGAAAUACCCAUCAAUGGCAACACAGGAAAUAAUUGGCUGGGAUACCAAACUGGUAUCUUACCCGAUGACAAAGAAGCUGUCACCCAAAAAGUGUACCGUCCACCAGCAAAGCCCAGGGAGAAGAACUGGGAAACGGAUGAAUACGGACAAUCUACAGCCACAGCUAAACAAUUUAUCUGUACAGAGUGUGGGAAAGGGUUCAGCCUCUAUUCUUAUCUCACCAAACAUCAGAGGUCUCAUUCGGGAGAGAAACCAUAUUCCUGCACCCUGUGUGGUAAAUGUUUUGCUUACAAACCAAGUCUUGUUACUCAUCAAAGGGUUCACACAGGGGAAAAGCCUUUUUCUUGUACUGAAUGUGGAAAACUCUUUGUCAGUAAGUUCAACCUCAAAGCACAUGAGAAGGUUCACACGGGGGAGAAGCCGGUGGAAUGUCCAGCCUGCGGAAGAUGUUUUAGCAAUAAUCCAGCCCUUGUUAAACAUCUGAGGAUACACACAGGGGAGAAGCCGUUCACUUGUACAGAAUGUGGUAAAGUCUUUUCCAGUCGGUCUUGUCUCAAUGCUCACCUGGUCCUCCACACGGGAGAAAGGCCGUAUGUCUGUGAGGAAUGUGGGAAAGCCUUUGCCAACCAGUCCAACCUUAUAUCACAUCGAAUAAUACACACAGGACAGAAACCGUAUGUAUGCCCGGUGUGCGGGCGGGGUUUUGCCAACCAAUCCAAUCUUGCAAAACACAAGUUAACGCACACUGAUGACAAGCCAUUUGUGUGUAUAGAAUGUGGCAAUGUUUUCUCCAGAAAAGAUGGCCUUUCAAAACAUUACGAAAGAAUACACAAAAAAAAAUUAGAAUUUUGAAGGGAAUAUUUUUGCUCUGCACCAUGACUUAUGGGUUCAAAAUGUGCUUUAAGUGAAAAUGUAACAAUCAGCAUUGAUUUAGGAGAAAACAAAAAUGAAUAAGAAAUAUAUAUAUAUAUAUAGAUAUGUAUAUAUUUGUAUUGAAAUGGGACAUUUUUAGACUAUAUCUAUCUACUAUGGGAGUGCAUCCAUGUAGGUUAGAAAAUAUUAAUUGUAGCCAUUAAGUCUUUAAAGGGUGACUGCGUUUUAAACUGCCUUAUUAAUUUAAGUAAAGAAAUUGCAGCAUAUACAGUUGCAAGAAAAAGUACGUGAACCCUUUGGAAUGAUAUGGAUUUCUACACAAAUUGGUCAUAAAAUGUGAUCUGAUCUUCAUCUAAGUCACAACAAUAGACCAUCACAGU